UGGGCGGUGUCCGGGAGGCGCCCCAACGAGGCGCGGGCGCGCGAGCCAGAGUUCCGGCUGUAGGCCCGUGCUGAGGGCCGGCACCUUCAUCAUGGCCUGGGCUGACUUGGACUACACCAUCGAGAUCCCGGAUCAGCCCUGCUGGAGCCAGAAGAAUGACCCCAGCCAAGGUGGGAAGGAGGCAGGGACGCGGCAGCCUGUGGUGAUUCUCUUGGGCUGGGGUGGCUGCAGGGACAAGAACCUUGCCAAGUACAGCGCCAUCUACCAUGAAAGGGGCUGCAUCGUGAUCCGAUACACAGCCCCAUGGCACAUGAUCUUCUUCUCAGAGUCCCUGGGCAUCCCUUCACUUCGCUUGUUGGCCCAGAAGCUGCUUGAGCUACUCUUUGAUUAUGAGAUUGAGAGGGAGCCCUUGCUCUUCCAUGUCUUCAGCAAUGCUGGCGUCAUGCUGUACCGCUACGUGCUGGAGCUCCUACAGACCCAUCAGCGCUUCUGCCAUCUGCGUGUGGUGGGCACCAUUUUUGACAGUGGUCCUGGUGAUAGCAACCUGGUAGGGGCCCUACGGGCCCUGGCAGUCAUCCUGGAACAUCGGCCUGCCUUGAUGCGCCUGUUACUCCUGGUGGCCUUCACCCUGGUGGCAGUCCUGUUCCAUAUCCUACUUGCUCCACUCACUGCCCUCUUCCACACCCACUUCUAUGACAAGCUACGGGAUGCAGGCUCCCACUGGCCUGAGCUCUAUCUCUACUCAAGGGCAGAUGAGGUUGUCCUAGCCAGGGAUGUGGAACGCAUGGUGGAAGCACGCCUGGCUCACCAGGUCCUGGUACGCUCUGUGGACUUUGUGUCAUCUGCACAUGUCAGCCACCUUCGUGACUACCCUAUUUACUACACAAGCCUCUGUGUCGACUUCAUGCGCAAUUGUGUCCAGUGCUCAGGUCCUGCUCCAGAAAUAAAUGCCUGACACCUCCCACAAUCUACAUCUGCCCUGAGGGACUGCUGGUGAUUGUAGUGGGCACAAGUGCCUGGGCAGGUUUCUGUGGAGCCUUGUAGUUGAUUUUUCAAACAAGUGCAACAAUCAGCCUGAUGAUUCCUGAGGCAUUCAGGCUGGAAAGGGUUAAAAAAGCAGGGGAGAGGGUUGAGGAUGAACCUCAGAGUUGAUUUAAAAAAAAAAUUUGUGGUAAGAAUCCUUGUAUGGGAUCUACUCUCUUAAAAAAGUUCCAAGUGUAUAAUACACUUAACUGAUAACCCUAUUGUUAAGUGUAGGUGCAAUGUUAUAUAUAGCAGAUCUCUAGAACUUUAUACUUAUUGCCAGAGUAUACUUGUUGCCACCUCCAUUCAGAUUUCCUGAAUGGAGGUGAGCUUUAUUGGGGAGGUAAAGCAUGAAUCUCACUUGCCCAUUCACUCAGAGAAGCUUCUCUGACCUCAGCCCAGGAGUCUGAGGCGGAUGCCAGAUUAGCUGAGGAUGCAGAGAUGUGUGCUGCCCAGCUCUUCCACACUUUGCUAGGAAGCCACUAGGUCUGGGAAAGUUGUGAGUUGUCUUUGUAAGGGGCAGUUGGAGUGGGAAGCAGUAAGGCAGCAAUGUUACAAUGCGAGCUGUGGCAAGUUAACUCUGGUGUCCUAAAGACCAGAAUUCCAGGGUAAAGGGAGUUUUGGCUGAAAUGACAUCAUCUCCUUGAAAGGAGACCCACUUGAUACUCUACGGGCAGGGGAAGCGGCUUCAGCCUUACAGUUCUGUCCCAUAUAUCAUUCUGUGAGUCACUGCUACACAGUGCUGGCACAUGGGUAUUCAAUAAAUAUUUGU